GUUAUCCACAACCCCGGCACUAUUCCCGAUAGUCGCUAUGACUCCAACACGACCGACGUCACUGUGGUUUUUGAGAGCUCGUACGAUGAUUACCAAACGCAAAAGGGCAAACUCAAUGCGCUGGCCUCCGACCGUAGCGGGUACAGCUACAUGCUGCACUCGGUCCCCGAGAUGGGGAACAGUACCCUGCGGAGUCUGGUGGACCAAUUGAGUCUCCAGGCCGAAUACCUGUUCCUGACGACAUUGACGGAGGAUUACUAUGAGAGUUUUGAUCCCGCGGGACCCACGAUUAUCGACCUGAUGCCAAGUUAA